AUGAAGGCGACAAUCAUCUUGGCCAGCGUUACCGCCUUGGCAGCUAAGGUAGCUAGCCAUGCAACCUUCCAGCAGCUUUGGCACCAAGGUACAUGUGCUCGACUUCCAACGAGCAACAGCCCUGUCACAGAUGUGACGAGCACCAACAUCCGAUGCAAUGCCAACCAAGGCUUCGCUGCUUCCAAGUGCAGUGUCGCUGCCGGCGGUACUGUCACAAUUGAGAUGCACCAGCAGCCGAAUGAUCGAUCAUGCUCGAACGAAGCCAUCGGCGGAGCACACUACGGCCCUGUUCUGGUCUACCUGAGCAAGGUCUCAGACUCGGCCACUGCUGAUGGCUCGACUCCCUUCUUCAAGAUCUACCAAGACACAUGGGGUCAAAACGCUGCUGGUUCAACUGGCUCGGAUGACUACUGGGGCACGAAGGACCUUAAUUCUCACUGCGGAAAGCUAGACGUCAAGAUCCCCACUGGACUUGCUCCAGGUGAUUAUCUACUACGAGCCGAGGCGAUCGCACUGCACUCCGCGGGUGGCUCCGGUGGUGCUCAGUUCUAUCUCACUUGUUACCAGCUCACCAUCACUGGAAGCGGCACGACCAACCCGACAGGUGUCAGCUUCCCUGGCGCAUACAAGGCGUCCGAUCCAGGUAUUCUGAUCAACAUUUACCAGAAGCUUACGCAAUAUAUCGCACCUGGACCGGCUGUCAUCUCUGGAGGUACAGAAGCUGUGGCUGGCAAGGCUGGAUCAACACUCGGAAAGCGCAUGUCGGCAAAGCUGCAGUAUUGA